CUCUCUCUUCUCUCCUGUUUCCCAAUUUCCCCACUCCCCCGUUCCCUCGACGACGAAACCCCAUGGCCAAGUUCACCUUUGACGACGCCGACGAGGACCCUCCCGUCGCAUCUGGCGCCGAGAAGAGGAAGCGCGACGCAGGAGAUGACCCUGUCGACGGAGAAGCCCCCCGGCCCCGGAAUUCGGCGGUUGCGGCGGGCAGCGAGCAAGCGGUGCCCGGGGAGGGCCUGGCCGACGGGGAGGUUGAGGGUGCUGGCCUGAACGUGCAGAUCGACCCUGACGUGCUCGACUGCUCCAUCUGCUUCGACUCCCUCCGCCCUCCCCUCUACCAGUGCCAAAAUGGCCAUGUAGCAUGUUCUGCCUGCUGGUCCAAACUCAACAACAAGUGUCAUGUUUGUUCUCGCGAUGCCAAUUUUGCACGAAAUAUUGCAUUGGAGAAGAUUGUUGAAUCAAUCAAGUCCUCAUGCUCUUAUGCCAAGUGGGGUUGCUGCAAAUUUAUUAACUACGCACAAAGAGAUACCCAUGAAGAAUCUUGUCCUUUUGCCCCUUCAGUUUGCCCUAUUUAUGGCUGUGGAUAUAAUGGAUUUACAGGACAUUGGUCACAACACUUCCUUUCCAGACAUCGUUCUGAGGUUUUGCGGUUCAUCUAUAGUCAGCCUUUUAAUGUAAAUCUUGAGGUAUCAGUGCCUUUCCUAGCACUUCUUGGGGAGGAUGAUCACCUAUUCCUUCUCCUAAACAAUAGCAUGAUGCCCUUCGGGCAUGCACUUUCAGUAGUUUGUCUAAGGACUGGCAAUCUAAAUUGGAAGUUCUCCUACGAAAUUGAAGCAACUAGUAGAAAGAAACCUGAAAACAGACUGCAACUGAAGGCUUCUGUCUCCAAUACAAAGCAUUGGACAGGUCUUUAUCCUGCAGAAGCUUUCCUUUUGGUCCCGUGUGACUUCUGCAAUUCUAGCAACAUAGUACUCAAUAUCUCCAUUGAGAGGUGUGACGUUGUAUGAUCUGAAUAUGUGACGUUCUCAAUAUCUAAAAUGUGAAUAGGUGUGUAGAAGUGUAUAUUCAGCGUCUACUUUUAUGUAUAAAAUAUGUACUACCCGGUGAAACUUUACUUCGAGCAUUUUUAAUGGGAUUAAUGCAUGUGAAACAAACUAGAUUGAUUCCUCAACACCCAAGA